UGUGCUGGUUUGCAUUCAAGAUGAGCUUGCUGGGAAAUUGUUACCUCUGCAAAGGCUGCCCCUGGUCCUGCGGCAGUGAAGGGCAGGUAUAAAAGGCAGCCUGAGUCUCUGCUCUCUCAUCCACUUCUCUUGCUUCCUUCUGCUUGGGAACCAGGUGCACUUGCAGCCUCAAGACAUGUCCUGCAACACCCAGUGCCGUCCCUGCCAGCCCUGUGGCCCCACCCCACUGGCCAACAGCUGCAAUGAGUGCUGUGUCAGGCAGUGCCAGGACUCCACUGUUGUCAUUGAGCCACCUGCUGUGGUGGUGACCCUGCCUGGGCCCAUCCUGAGCUCCUUCCCACAGAACACUGUGGUGGGAUCCUCCACCUCUGCUGCUGUUGGCAACAUCCUCAGCUCUGACGGAGUGCCCAUCAACUCUGGGGGCUUUGACAUCUCCAGCAUCACCAGGCGCUAUGGUGGAAGGAGGGGCCUCCCCUGCUAAUGGUGCUGGUCUUGGGAAAUGCCCCCCGGAUCUCCAGGCAUGGUGCUGGACAAAGGAAGAAUCUUCAGGUCAUUUCUUUCAGAGGAACUGACCGUCUUUAGUUCCUCCUGAAAAUUCUGGAAAGAAGGGCCCAGCUCAGGCACUUCAAAAGCCCUUGUCUUUCCUACGCAUCUCCUUGUUUCUAUUUUCAUUGUGUCCUUCUGCUCCCCUCAGCUGCAAGGCUCCUCCAAGCCAGCCUGCACUCUAUAGGCAAGGCAAAUGGGUGCCCUCCAUUGACUUCAUCAUGGCCAAGAGGUGAAGUGUCCUGCUUGUCCAUCCAGAUCCCUGAACUGAGGGCCUGUGCUUGUAAAAACUUGAUUCCUUCUUUAAACUCAAUAAAGAUUUUUGCAUCUCAA